ACUGAACUGUGGCCAUUGAGUCAGGUGUGAGUGGAGAAGAGAGAAGGAGAGAGAAGAGAAGAGAGAGAGAGAGGUGUUGUACAGCAGUAUUACCUGUAGAGAGAAGAGUGAGGGUGGCGGAGCUGGAGACAGAGAGGCGUGUGUGCGCGCGCACACACAAACACACAUACUUACACGGAUAGACAAAUACAUAUUCCUGUUGCACAUCACACUCACACAUACGUGGAGAGAAAAGCGAACAGAUCUACAUAUUCCACACAGCAUACACGUAUGCACACACACACACACACACACACACGCACACACACACACAUAUCGCUUAUUUGUCAUAUCCACAUACAUAUACACGCAGAAUGAGCAUCGGUAGAUCUGAGAGCGAAAUGGGUCUAAUGAAGCGAGCGAGCUUAAGCAAGUCUCUCUCUUUUAUGAUAUUUCUUCGCUUUUUUUCUCGCUAGAAAUGAUUCUAUUGGAGCUGUGUAAAUACCAUUUCUUUCCUUCGAAGACAAAAAAAAGAUAAACUGGAAUUGGUUUUCCUGGGAGUCGCCCUAAACUUGGACCAAAUGCACAUCUGGUUUUCGACAAACGAAAAAAGUAAGAUUUCAACUCGGCUUGUCAUCUUUCCGGCAGUAAUAGCACACGAUAUCCACAUUUGCGCAAAGGCUUGAUUCCAAACAUAUAUAGAUACACCUACACAGAAACAUGUAUAUUUAUAUACACCCGAAGUCUAAUUAUAUAUAGAACUGAAGUCUAAGAUUAUAUACCCGAACGGAAACGGGGGAGAGAAAAAAAAGAAGAAAGCAGGAAAAGCAGAAUGUUAUAAACGAUUUGAAUUAAAAGAAAACGCAAAAAUCACAUAUAUAUAUAUAUAUACGCACAUAUAUAUAUAUCUACACAUGCACUUAACUUUGUGUGCGUAUAAUAUUUAAGUGCACAUUAUUUAUAUAUGAAGGAAAGAAAAAAGUGAUCCCUAAAAUUUUUCUAGCUCCCUUUCGGCAUGAGGAUUUUUCAGAGGCAGACAAUACGUGUCUGUCUUCGGGUGGUAUCGAUCCGACAACUCACUGAUUCGUCCACACCUUAUUUUAAAGGGGUUCACGGUGGUUUAGCAACACGGCAUUAACAACAGCAACAACAUUAUCGCUUGAUAAUAACAGAGAAGGAUUGAGUGUACAUAAGUUUGAUAUUAUCAACUUAAACAAGGAAGAAAAGGCAAUGUGUACCCGAGUCGGGUGGAUGUGUUUACGGGACGGUUUAAUCCUCGAAAUAUUGACUAAUAUACCUGGAUAUCUUGGUGGAAAUUUCGGAACUAUAAGUUGUAUAUAUACAGGUCUACAUAAAAUCGAAAAGAUGAAACGAGACACUCGCAAUAAUUAGAAAAAAACCGCAAUACAUAUACACGCACACAAACACACACACACACACACCUACACGCACACACGCACAUAAACAUUUAUUCACCCCCCCCCCUUCCAAACAUCUAUCUAUCUAUCUAUCUAUCUAUCUAUCUAUCUAUCUAUCUAUACCUAUCUGUCUAUAUGAAUGAACAUAGCUAUAUACAUGCAUAGGUCUAUUACAUAUAUUUAUUUGUAUAUUUCUAUAUACACAUGUUUGCACUGAUUAAAAUGCUCGUAAGCAAAGACAAACCGUAUUAUUUACAAUAUAUACACACAUCAUGAUAUACAAUUAAUACGAGAUAUCCACAUAUAUACAGGAGUGUAUAUAUAAAAAAAUAUAAACAUAUAUAGAAAAAUAUGCAAAUUACAGUUUGUUAGGGCUCACAUUGAAAGGUGUCAAAAUGCAGGUGCGCGGUGUAACGAGACACAAUUAUUCUAACGAGGAUCUUUCGAACGAGAAUAAUCAGGGAUCUUACAGUAACCCAAUGGAGAAUAACGACGAAGACGAAGGGGAUUAUGAAGCCUUCGACCGGCUUCAAGGAAAUAACAACGACUAUAGCAGAGAUAUGAUUGGUGCCGCAGGUAGCCGACAUGUUACCCAACGGAGAAGGGCGUCGCUGGCGUUUCCUCACACGACACCGCACCAGUCGGUAUUCAACAAUUUACAAGAAGAUGGCGAGGAGAUCCGCUUGCCGACCGUGCCAAGGCGCAGGGUGGUGGACACCUCGGAUUUACGCACAUGCGCCAUACUGCAGACCCGCCUAAAGAAUGUGAAGCACUACCCUGAGAUGAAUACCUUCUCAGCAGACAGUGGCAACAGAGACGACUCUGAGUACACACAUGAUGGAUCUCUGAGGUUUGUGGCCAAAAAAGCUGCCACUAUCAGUCUUCCAGGCAUGGGAUCUUCUACCAAUAGGUCGCUGUUCAUCUUCAGCGAGGAGAACUUCAUCCGCAAGUAUGCAAAGAUCAUCAUUGAAUGGGGGCCAUUUGAAUACAUGGUCUUAUUGACUAUCAUUGCGAACUGUAUCGUGUUGGCUCUGGAAGAACAUCUUCCCAAUAAUGACAAAACGCCUCUAGCAGUCCAGCUGGAGGCCACAGAGUUCUAUUUCCUUGGAAUAUUUUGUGUAGAAGCAUUAUUGAAAAUUGUUGCUUUAGGAUUUGUCUUACAUAAAGGGUCGUAUUUACGCAACGUCUGGAACAUCAUGGAUUUUGUAGUAGUUGUCACAGGAUUUAUUUCAAUAUUUCCUACGAGUAAUUCGUUUGAUUUGCGGACAUUACGGGCAGUCAGAGUACUGCGGCCAUUAAAAUUAGUUUCUGGAAUUCCAAGUUUACAAGUAGUAUUAAAAUCAAUUAUACGGGCAAUGGCACCAUUGUUGCAAGUUUGCCUGUUGGUACUCUUUGCUAUAAUAAUAUUUGCCAUCAUUGGUUUAGAAUUUUAUACUGGUGCUUUCCACAAAGCCUGUUUUAUAAAACCAGAUGACGAUAGUGAAGAUAAUAUAGAAUAUGGUGAUGAAGAAACUAUCCGGCCUUGCGCAGAUGAGGGUAAUGGCUAUCACUGUCGAGCAAAUAUUGCUAAAUGUCGAUUCAAUUGGGAUGGCCCAAAUUAUGGAAUUACUAGUUUCGACAACAUGGGUUUUGCGAUGUUGACGGUGUUCCAGUGUGUAACUAUGGAAGGAUGGACCCAGGUAUUAUAUUAUACAAAUGAUGCUUUUGGAGACUCUUACAACUGGAUAUAUUUCAUACCUCUUAUUAUAUUGGGUUCAUUUUUUAUGCUCAACUUAGUUCUUGGCGUCCUUAGUGGAGAAUUUGCUAAAGAGAGAGAGAGAGUGGAAAACCGAAGAGCGUUUUUAAAAUUGCGUCGGCAACAACAAAUAGAGCGAGAAUUAAAUGGCUAUUUAGAGUGGAUAUGUAAAGCAGAGGAGGUAAUCUUAGAUGAGGAAAGAAAAAAAGAUGAUGGAACCAUCAGUGAUGAAGACAAGCUGAGAAUACUUGAAGGGGCACUUGGAAUUAAUGCACGGAGGUUAGCUGCCCAAAAAGUAAAGAAAAUUAAAGAAGAAAAAGAAUUAAAUAUUGGAGAUGAAGAUAAUGAUGAUGACCUUUUAUCAGGAGAUUCGUUUGGUAGAGGUUUAAAAAACAGAAAAGCCCACGGAAAGUGUGCUGGCUUUUGGAGAGCAGAAAAACAUCUUAGGUUUACAAUACGUAAAAGUGUGAAAUCGCAAGCAUUUUAUUGGUUUGUGAUUAUCCUUGUAUUGCUGAAUACUCUGUGUGUAGCCUCAGAACAUUAUGGCCAAGCAGAGUGGCACACAGAAUUUCUAUAUGUUAUGGAGUUUGUUUUUUUAGCCCUAUUCAUGUCUGAGAUGCUCAUAAAAAUGUAUGGUUUGGGAGUGAGACUUUAUUUUCAAUCAUCAUUCAACAUAUUCGAUUGUCUUGUUAUUCUUUGUAGUAUUUUUGAAGUGGUUUGGUCAGCAUUUAAAGAUGGCUCAUCAUUCGGCAUCAGCACACUCCGUGCCCUUAGGCUGCUUCGGACAUUUAAAGUUACAAGAUAUUGGUCAUCACUACGAAACUUAGUUGUCUCAUUACUGAGCAGUAUGCGUUCCAUUGUCAGUCUGCUGUUUCUUCUUUUCUUAUUUAUCCUCAUCUUUGCCUUACUUGGAAUGCAAUUAUUCGGUGGAAUGAUGAAUUUUGAAGAAGGGAGGCCCGCCAGUCAUUUCGAUACAUUUCCCAUCGCGCUACUAACUGUAUUUCAAAUUUUAACUGGUGAAGACUGGAAUGAAGUCAUGUACAGUGGAAUACGGGCCAGAGGAGGAAUAAGUGGUGGCGGCAUGUUAUAUUGCUCAUAUUUCAUUAUAUUGGUGCUCUUUGGAAACUACACACUGCUGAACGUGUUCUUGGCCAUUGCUGUUGAUAAUUUGGCCAACGCUCAAGAGCUAACUGCUGCAGAGGAGGAGCAAGAAGGAGUACGGCAAGAGCAAGAAGCAGCUGAAAAGAAACAACUUGAAGAGGAAGCUGCUGAAAAGGAAAAACUUGCAAGAAUGGACGAAAUUGAAAAAGAUCUUUGCCCAGACCAGUAUGGACUAACUCCGCCACAAGUGAACAUUUGUCCUCCUUCACCACAGAACAAUGAAGAUUUAAAAACAGGCAAUUUCCCUUAUCAUACUUCCCGUUUGGACUCAAAUCUUAACCAGAACAACUUAAAAGGCGAGCGAAAUAAAAUUGACAUGGACUCAAAUUUGAAAAAGGAACGCUCCCCACUUGAUAAUGUCAGUUUAAAUGAAUCAAAUGCAAACAGAAUCAAUACUCAACCAGGCAGCACUUCUAGUCUGAAUAUCCAACCCCAAGACGGAAAUUCAGAAGAACCUGCAUUUGGUGGCCCAAAACCUAUGUUGCCUUAUAGUUCUAUGUUUAUUUUCGGUCCGACCAAUCCUGUCCGCCGCUUUUGUCAUUUUGUGGUCAACCUACGUUAUUUUGACUUAUUCAUCAUGAUCGUUAUUUGUGCCAGCAGCAUCGCUCUGGCUGCAGAAGACCCUGUCAAUGACGAGUCUGUAAACAACCAAAUAUUAAAUUAUUUUGAUUAUGUUUUUACUGGAGUUUUUACUAUAGAAAUGUUAUUAAAGAUUGUAGAUCUUGGUAUAAUACUUCAUCCCGGCGCUUAUUGUCGGGAUGCAUGGAACAUUCUGGAUGCAACAGUUGUCAUAUGUGCUUUGGUAGCUUUUGCAUUCAGUCAGGCUGUCUUUGAUUGUGUGGUGAACUCAUUAAAGAAUGUAUCCAACAUUCUUAUUGUAUAUCUUUUAUUUCAAUUCAUUUUUGCUGUAAUGGCUGUGCAAUUAUUCAAAGGAAAGUUUUUUUACUGUACAGACAUGUCAAAAUCCACACGAGAAGAAUGUCAGGGUCAAUAUUUUGAUUAUGAAGAUAAGUCAGAUAAACCGCGCGUUAAGAACCGGGAAUGGCUCCGGCAAGAUUUCCAUUACGACAAUGCUAUGUAUGCAAUGCUGACAUUGUUUACUGUCACAACAGGAGAAGGUUGGCCAACAGUUUUGAAGAAUUCCAUGGACUCCACAAACGAUGAUAUGGGACCAAAACCUGGCUCCCGAAUGGAAAUGGCAAUAUACUACGUUGUGUUUUUCAUUGUCUUUCCAUUUUUCUUUGUUAACAUCUUUGUGGCCUUAAUUAUCAUAACGUUCCAAGAGCAAGGAGAAAACGAAUUAGUAGAUCAAGAUUUAGAUAAAAACCAGAAACAAUGUAUAGAAUUUGCCAUUGAAGCACGGCCAUCAUGUCGAUAUAUGCCCAAAAAUAAAAAUUCCUUAAAAUACAAAAUAUGGAAGGUUGUUGUGUCACCUAAGUUCGAAUAUGUCGUCAUGAUACUGAUUGCUUUAAAUACAGUCGUCCUCAUGAUGAAGUAUAAUGGCUCGUCACAUGAAUAUAAAAAUGCUCUUCAGAAACUUAAUUUAGCAUUCUCAGUGUUGUUCACAAUAGAAUGUGUGCUGAAAUUAAUGGGAUUUGGCAUAAGGAACUAUUUCCGUGAUCGAUGGAAUCUAUUCGACUUUAUCAUCGUGAUUGGAAGUAUUAUAGAUGUAGUUACAACAAAUGUAUUAUCUAGUGCAUCUUCCUUUCGAACAGGAAGUUUCAGGUUAUUUAGAGCGGCACGACUUAUCAAGCUACUACGUCAAGGUUAUACCAUCAGAUUACUAUUAUGGACGUUCUUACAAUCCUUUAAAGCCUUGCCGUACGUGUGCCUUCUGAUUGCAAUGCUCUUUUUUAUUUAUGCCAUUAUUGGAAUGCAAGUAUUUGGGAAUAUUCGACUUGAUUCAAAGACGUCCAUUAAUAGGCAUAAUAAUUUUAGGUCAUUUUCUCAAGCUGUUCUACUACUGUUUAGAUGUGCCACAGGUGAAAGUUGGCAGCAAAUUAUGUUGAGUUGUCUCUCAGGCCGGCCAUGUGAUCCUGAGUCCAAAAUGUCAGAUAAUUCGUGUGGAUUGGAUAUCGCUUAUGGUUAUUUUGUAACAUUUAUAUUUUUUUGUUCAUUUCUUAUGCUUAAUCUUUUUGUUGCCGUAAUUAUGGAUAACUUUGACUAUCUAACAAGAGAUAGUUCAAUUCUUGGUCCACAUCAUUUAGACGAAUAUAACAGAGUUUGGGCGGAGUAUGACCCUGUUGCAACAGGGAGAAUACAUUACACUGACAUGUAUGAAAUGUUGAAGAGAAUGGAGCCACCUGUAGGUUUUGGGAAAAAUUGCCCCUACAGAUUGGCCUAUAGAAAAUUAAUACGAAUGAAUAUGCCAGUAAAUGAAGAUGGAACUGUACAUUUUUCAACAACCCUUUUUGCUUUAGUUCGAGAGUCAUUGUCAAUAAAAAUAAGUUCAGCUGAUGAAAUGGAUAGGAAAGAUGAAGAGAUGCGAGAAGUUAUCAAACGGGUGUGGCCUGUACAUGGGAAAAAAAUUGUAGAUCUUCUUGUUCCUCCAAACCAUGAAUUAAACGAUCGGAAAUUGACAGUUGGAAAAAUCUACACUGGACUUUUAGUAGCUGAAAACUGGCGAGCUUACAAAGCGAGUCAAAACCAGAAUAAUAGUUUAAAAAUGGAGAAAAAAGAAGAGUUGUUCUGGGAGGAUGAUAUUAAGGAGUAUCGUGAUGACGAUGAUUAUAAAGAAUAUCACGAUGACGAAGAGUAUCACGAGGAUUAUAAAGAUUAUCAGGAGUAUCAAGAGGAUUAUAAAGAUUAUGAUGAGGACUAUAAUCAGAUCGAGACUCAGGAGUUUGAACCCUGCACCAAGUAUCAUAAGAUUCCAGUUCAUUCUCCUUGCCUUAGAUUAAAUGGACAACAGUUUCGCUUUCAGCAGGUAUGGAUAAUAAAGGAAACCUGUGAUAAAAUUGUUGAUAUCAGAAAACCUUUGAUGAAAUAUUUAGCUCAGUUCAAAGAAUGCCAAAGGAUUGAGUUACAGAGCCAACUAAUUCAUCGUCCACCGUCAUUCUUCCAGCGGAUAAUUGGUGUCAUGAGGACCCCAUCUGCUCGUUCAAGCCAGAGUAUUGAUUCAGAACAUUCUGACAAUGAAACAGAAGGAGGUCACAAUGUCGAUAGAAACCAUGAUAAAACAACCUGGCAGCGUUCAUUCAGUUUCCUUCGCCGUGGCAGUAGUCGACGUAAGAAAGAUAACUCUGUACAAAAAAGUGAAACUGCCAGCUUACAGCCCUCUGAGAAGCAGGACUUUUCAUGGGGACUGAGGCCCGAACACGCAGCCCAUAUUCCUGCUCCUAGACCUGGAACGGGUUCUAGUAAAGGGUUACUUUUUACACAUACAGCAGUGCCUCUUUCACCGGUAUCACCUCGUUCUCCAUUGCCUCCUCAGAGUCCUCUUGGUUCCCCAAUGGCAUCGCCGAGUAUGCAUCGACGUUCUGUGUCUCCACGUAGAGGAUUAGACGUGGGGUUCGCAUCUGCUGUUUCAAAUAUAGUUGAUCAAGCACAUUCUAUAGCAGAACAUGAAAGACACAGGAAACACAGAGGAGGUUAUUUUUAUGAAGGAAAACACGAUGACAGCCUUAGUGUUCCUACUUCUCCUCAAAUGCGUGGAAGAAGUCGUGGUCGUCACAGACCCCCACUACAGCAGCAGGGGCAGAUACUUGGUUCACCUCUUCCAAGUCCAACAGCUCGGAGAAAAGAGCCAACAUUCUACAGAUCUACAUCCUUAGAAAACCGUUCUAGAAGCCCUUCCCCAAAUCUCACUCCAACACCCAUGCUACAUCAACAUGAAUAUUAUGGAUCUGCAAACUUAACGGACCGAUCAAGAAGUCCAAGCCCUGGUCCCACAGUGACACAGCCAAGAAAAGCUACUCGUAAACUACCAGCAGUUCCCAGCAAGCCUUCAACUUUAAACCUUGCUCAAACUCGACCCCGUGACAAUAUGCCCCGGGUCAUGCCAUCACCAACUGUCCCACAGCCAUCAAAGAGCCCUGGUAGCAUAAACUUCCCUAGACUAAAUGCAUCACCUACUCACAUUCCAAGAAUAGGACCUACAGUUGGACAGGCCCCUCCUUUAGGACGACUUGGUCGACCAGAGCCCUAUAGUCCAACAGAAAGGAAUAGUUUAAGUAAAUUAAGUCCUGAAAGAAGUAGAACUUUACCUGCUACUCAAAGGACUAGCAACAGGGAUUUUAGUAGAGCAGUAGACCCUUAUGUUUCACACAGAAGUAGAACGUUUGAUCCACGCAUAAAUAACAGAGGACGCUAUUUUGAAGAUCCAUCUCUAAGUGUUCACAUGUCAGAUCGACGUACUGAAACUUUACCAAAUGGAUUCAAACCAAAGAAACGUAAACCAGAAAAUUUGGACAUGUGUGGAGAUGGUACAGGUGGUCCUGUCCGUCAUGAUUCAGAUGAAGACGAUGACUGGUGUUAAGGUAACCAGAUGUUUAGGAAUUUAUUGUAUUUUUGUAUUCUGCUGCACAGUUCACCUGUGGUUUCACACGACCACAGACACUGGAUUUCAGAACUGUUAUUAUUGGAUUUGUAACUUGUCAUUGGCAGUGACCAGAAAUUACUGGACAGUUAUUUGCCAAGUGUUAUGAGUUUAGAAAUCUAAUUCUUGUUGAAAGUGUGUCCCUAUGUUGGAUUCUAGCUGGUAGUACCUGGGUAUCUAAAUUGUUGGCCACAGUGUCAAUCAUUGAUAAAAUUUGCACGUGCUAGACCUGUGAAUGAAACCAGAAAAAAAAAAAAGAAAAGCUUUAAUUCAAAAUUGCAUUAAAGAGCUGGUUGUCUCCAAAGGAGACAGGUGAUAAUGUAACUUGUUAUGGGGAAGAAUGUUGUGACACAUUUAAUGUGUCCUAAAAAGAUAAAAAUGUUUUUACAUGAUCCUUAAAAAUGGUUAAAUUGAUACGUCAUCAAUAAGUUCAUGUCCAAAAAUGAUCGCUCUUUAACAAUAACAACAACAACAAAAUUGUUUUGUUUUUUUUUAAACUUUUUUUUCUUCUUCCAUCUGCCAUUUUUGACUAAAUAUGUCCUCCCAAAUUUCAAGCUUAGUUGUCAAUUAAAUCCAGUUGUGUUCUGCUAUCUCUGCUUAAAAAAAAAUAAUAAAAUAAAAUAAAGAAUAAACGAAA